AUGGGCGCUGAUCAGUCCAAGCUGCGCUCUUGGACGCGCGGGACGCUCCCUUCACGUCCAGAGGAAGCUGUUUCUACCACUUCCAAUUCAUUCGAUAAUGAAGGGUCAAACCCUGCUGCGAACCAGGUUCCAAACAUCGAGGAAUCGUCGCCAGACGAUCGUCAAGUGGAUGGCCCCAGUGGCUCGAUUUCAGUCUCGACGACGUACCCCAAGGAAGAGCCUAGUAACAUGUCAUUAUCUCAGUAUCGUAAGCUGGUGCAAAGUCUUCGCUCGAAACAGGGUAGUCUUGGAUCGUCUGAGUCACAAAUUCUGGAGGAAAUGCAAAGAGCAGGCGUCCCUGAUAUGCGCCCCGAGAAUCGUGAACAGAAUGAUGCGCAAGGCGACGAAAAAUAUGAGGAUAACUGCUCAUCAGAAAGUGACUCGGAUACUAGCUCUUCCACGGAUUCGACAUCUGAUACGGAUAUCCCUAUUCAUGUACAGGCUGAAGACGAUGAUGAAGGUUUGGAUUCCUCUGUCCCUCCUCGCACGAAAAACGAAUUUGGUGAUGAUUAUAUUCUGGAGCCAUCCAUCGAGAAAAUUAACGAGAGUGAUUUGUCCUCCCUUGAACGUAUUGGGUGGGUCCAUUCCAUCGUGGGCAAUGUGGUGCUCGUCCAGCAAGACUCAAACGCAACCGAUGAGCCAAUCUCCAAGUCGUAUGAUGUACUCGACUCGGAAAGCUUGUUGUGCUUCGAGGAUGGCUCUGUUCUCGGGCUUGUAUAUGAAACGUUCGGAUCCGUCAAACAGCCUAUGUAUUCCAUCCGCUUCCGGUCAGCCGAGGACAUUGAUCAGAACGUUGUACAAGAAAAGAAACCUGUGUACUUUCUGCCAGCCAGCAGCACCUAUGUCUUGACUCGACUGAUACGAACAAAAGGCAGCGAUGCUAGCAAUGUAUGGGACGAAGAAGUGGCUGACGACGAAGUUGAAUACAGUGAUGAUGAAGCUGAAGCAGCUGCGAAGAAGAAGAACAAGAAAGGAAGGCAUGCACAUCCGGCGUCACCCAAUCCCGAAGAUUUGGAUCCAUCUACUGCAUCGCUGGGACCUCUUGGAGGAUCAUGUCCUAGCCAACCUGCCCGAAGCGGGCGUAAACGAGCUUCUCAGGGUCAAUCGCACCCAUUUGCAUCGGGCUGGUCAGAGGGUCCCAAGAGAUCACGGCCAGGACCUGGCAGCCACCCUACGGCAAAUGUACCACACUACAAUCCCCGGUUUGCUGAUCAGUGGUUCCGUCAAACGCCACCCGGCACCGUGUAUCCUCCCGCCAUGCCUGCCUUCCCUGUUCCUGGAUAUUCCCCCAACUAUCCGUCUUUACACGAUUACUCUGGUCCUACAUACCCUACCUACAUGCCCUCAUCUAGCGCACCAGGGUAUUUCCCUCCUCAUCGUCGUACUGAUUAG